UGCUCUCGCGGUGUUUAGGGCGAGACUGCGCCCUUCCUUCCUCCUGGCCGCUCGGCCGCCUUCUCCCCUUCCCCUCCCGGCGUCCCCUCCUUCCUUCCCCGUGGCCCGUCCCCGCGGGCUAAUAUGGUCUCCGGCGAUGGACGCCCCAAGUGCAGGAUACGCCUUUGAGUACCUUAUUGAAACGUUAAAUGACAGCUCACACAAGAAGUUCUUCAAUGUAACUAAACUUGGAGGCGCCAAGUAUGAUGUCCUGCCUUACUCCGUACGGGUCCUGCUGGAAGCUGCGGUGAGGAACUGUGAUGGCUUUUUGCUGAGAAAGGAAGACGUCUUGAACAUCCUGGACUGGAGGGCCAAGCAGAGCCAUGUUGAAGUGCCCUUCUUCCCCGCCCGCGUGCUCCUGCAGGACUUCACGGGCAUCCCGGCCAUGGUGGACCUCGCUGCGAUGCGGGAGGCGGUGAAGACGCUGGGAGGGGACCCUAAGAAAGUCCACCCCGCCUGCCCGACAGACCUCACGGUCGACCACUCUCUACAGAUCGACUUCAGUAAAUGUGCGAUACAGAACGCGCCCAACCCUGGAGGCGGGGACCUGCCGAAAGCCGCCAAGCUCUCGCCACUCAAAGCGCCGCCCAGGAGGCUGCCCUGCCGAGGCCCAGCCGCCUGCCGGGGGCCCUGCGAUCCGGGGGAGCCGGGCCUGGGCCGUGGAGCCGGGAGGCCGUCCACGCAGAUCGAGAACACCCCCCUGCUGUGCCCUUUCCAUCUGCAGCCAGUGCCUGAACCUGAAACAGUGUUAAAAAAUCAAGAAGUGGAAUUUGGCAGAAAUCGAGAGAGGCUUCAGUUUUUCAAGUGGUGUUCGAGAGUGUUCCGGAACGUGGCCCUGAUCCCCCCCGGCACGGGCAUGGCCCACCAAGUGAGCCUGGAGUACUUGUCCCGGGUGGUCUUCGAGGAGGAGGCCCUCCUCUUCCCCGACAGCGUGGUGGGCACGGACUCCCACAUCACCAUGGUGAACGGCCUGGGGAUCCUGGGCUGGGGGGUCGGAGGCAUCGAGACCGAAGCCGUGAUGCUGGGGCUGCCCGUGUCCCUCACGUUGCCCGAGGUGGUGGGGUGUGAGCUGACCGGCUCCUCCAACCCUUUCGUCACGUCCAUAGACGUCGUUCUUGGCAUCACAAAGCACCUCCGGCAGGCAGGAGUGGCCGGCAAGUUCGUCGAGUUCUUUGGAAGCGGAGUCUCACAGUUAUCCGUAGUGGAUCGGACGACAAUAGCAAACAUGUGUCCAGAAUAUGGUGCUACCCUCAGCUUCUUCCCUGUUGACAAUGUGACGUUAAAACACUUAGAACAUACAGGUUUUGACAAAGCCAAACUCAAAUCAAUGGAGACCUACCUGAAAGCUGUGAAGUUGUUCCGGAGUGACCAGAGCGAUUCGGGGGCGCCGGAGUACUCCCAGGUGAUCCGGAUCAACCUGAACUCCAUAGUGGCAACUGUCAGUGGUCCCAAGAGGCCGCAGGACAGAGUUGCUGUGACGGAGAUGAAGAGUGACUUCCGUGCUUGCCUGAGUGAGAAGGUUGGAUUCAGAGGCUUCCAGGUUGCGGCCGACAAGCAGAGCGACACCGUCUCCCUUCACUACGAAGGAAGCGACUACCGCCUGUCGCACGGGGCCGUGGUCGUCGCCGCCGUCACCAGCUGCACCAACAACUGCAACCCGUCCGUCAUGCUCGCGGCCGGUCUCCUGGCGAAGAAGGCGGUGGAGGCGGGUCUGCGGGUGCAGCCGUACAUCCGGACGAGCCUGGCGCCCGGCAGCGGGAUGGUCACGCACUACCUCAGCUCCAGCGGCGUGCUGCCCUACCUGCGCGCGCUCGGAUUUGAAGUCGUCGGCUAUGGCUGCUCGACGUGCGUGGGGAACACAGGGCCCCUGUCAGAAGCCGUUCUGAAUGCAGUGAAACAGGGUGACCUGGUUACCUGUGGAGUUUUAUCUGGAAACAAAAAUUUUGAGGGCCGUCUUUGUGACUGUGUCCGUGCCACUUACCUUGCCUCUCCGCCCCUGGUGGUCGCGUACGCCAUCGCCGGCACCGUGAACAUAGACUUCCAGACAGAGCCUCUCGGCACUGACCCCGCGGGCAAGGACGUCUACCUGCAGGACAUCUGGCCGAGCCGAGAGGAAGUCCAGCAGGUGGAGGAGGAGCGGGUCCUGUGCUCCGUGUUCAAGGCGCUGACGGAGAAGAUGGAGACGGGCGACAAGCGCUGGAAUUCCCUGGACGCACCAGAUUCCGUCUUGUUUCCGUGGGACUCCAAGUCCACGUACAUCAGGUGUCCCUCGUUUUUCGACAAGCUGACCAAAGAGCCGGCCGCCCCGCAGCCCAUCGAGAACGCGCACGUCCUGCUGCACCUGGGGGACGCCGUCACCACCGACCACAUCUCCCCCGCGGGGAGCAUCUCCCGCAGCAGUGCCGCCGCCAAGUACCUGACGAACAGAGGCCUUACCCCUCGAGAAUUCAACUCCUACGGGGCCCGGAGAGGCAACGACGCUGUGAUGACAAGAGGCACUUUUGCAAACAUCAAGCUUUUGAAUAAGUUUAUUGGAAAACCGGCUCCCAAAACCAUUCAUUUCCCGUCGGGACAGACGCUGGAUGUGUUUGAGGCUGCAGAGCUGUACCAGAAGGAAGGCGUCCCCCUGAUCAUCUUGGCGGGAAAGAAGUACGGCUCCGGGAGCUCCAGGGACUGGGCGGCCAAGGGGCCGUAUCUGCUGGGCGUGCGGGCUGUGCUGGCGGAAAGUUACGAGAAAAUCCACAAGGACCACCUGGUCGGCAUCGGCAUCGCCCCCCUGCAGUUCCUCCCCGGGGAGAACGCCGAGACCCUGGGCCUGACCGGCCGGGAGACCUUCUCCCUGGCCUUUCCGGAAGAGCUGUCUCCCGGCGUCACGCUGACCAUGAAGACAAGCACUGGGAAAGCGUUCCGCGUGAUCGCUUCGUUUGAAAACGACGUGGAGAUAACCUUGUACAAACACGGAGGAUUGUUGAACUUUGUGGCACGGAAAUUCUCAUAGUACCCACUCCCCACGGACCCCUUUCCAGACUGGUCACUGCGAGCCACGCCCCUGGUGCCGGACCGGGACCCGCCGUGGCGCUGCAGACCCGCCCUCCCUGUCUCACCGCGGGGGCGGUCGGCUCCGAAUCACGUAGCGGCAGAAUGAACUCUUCCCGAUUUUAAUCCUACACGAAUGGUGCUAUUCACAUUGCUCGUCAGCGUGGAGUGUGUGGUGGACGAGAGGUGAGUAUGAGGCCCGCCACCGAUUGUAAAUAAAGGCGGGACUCGGCUUGUGCUGGAGCUGGCCCUGUGCGGAGCUUCCUGAGUGGUCUGUUCAGUUGGCAUCGUGAGAACUGCGUGCGCUGUUGUUGGUGUGAGGGCAGGAGAGGGACAUGUCAGAAGCCAGAUGAGACCCUCGCGUGGGAGUUGGGAUCUGAUGGACUCCAGGUGGACGAGUUCCUCCUCAGACGGUGCUGGGGGCAGCAGCUGGCUUAGUGGAGACAUGAGCCAGGUACCCUCAGCCUCAGCGCCACCUGCAAGGGGAGGACCCGCCCACACGGCCCUGUCCAGCUUUGCUCGUCCCUCCCCCGCGAGGCUGGACGGGACGGGACACCCUGAGCGUGGCCCCGCCAUCUGCCAGCGACGAGGGGUCGUGUGCAGCCCUAACGUCAGGCACUCGCGGCCGAGCCUCUGGGAGGACGGGGCUGGCCCAUCUGAGGGGGGUGAGGGGUUUGCUCACCUGACGUGGUGCUGUCACCCCCCGGCACCUGAUGGCUAGGGACCGCCAACCAGAAUGUGGGUGCUCAGCCCGAGGCACUGUCAGUGUUGGCUGCUUCUUAAUGACUUUGGUUGAUGUCCUGUCAUUUUGAAUCCGUGUUUUACUUGGUUUGGAUGAUCUGUGGGUGCUGUCACUGUUUUUGUUGUAACCAAAGCUGACCCUCAGGCUAGAACACCGAGUUCUCUCCGGACGCGUCUGCUCCCUGCUCCCACCUCGAGUGCUGUCUCCAAGAAGCGGGGCAGCUUUUAAGAAAAAGUUUGGAUAAUGAAUUUCAGAAAGUCCUACGCCCCUUUUUAAAUCAAGAAAUUAACUUAUGUGGCAAAUUUUCUCACAGAAGGUCUUGAGUGUGACCCGGUUCAGUUGCUGCACUUGAGCAUCAGUUCACACGGCACAGGAAGAGGGUUCCUGACUCAAAUGCUGGCGCUCACCCAGUGGGUGAAGACCACUGAGGCCUUUGCACACAGUCAGUCCUGCCGUCUCCACCGUCCUGCAGAUACGUGCUCAGACAGGUAGCCGGGCUGGAGCUUGACAAUUCCCUUUAUUUAAAAAUGUUACGUGGUACUUACAGAUCCAAUGGUGUUCUUGAUUAUUUUAUUCUGUGCAUUUGUCCAUGCAUGUGUGUUCCUAAUUUACAUGAAGAUAUGAGUUAGGGAUGGAGAAAUUCCCAGUUGAAUGUUGAAAUGCCUGCGAUAGGAUUUGAAGAAAUGGUCAUUCCGGAUUGGGCUGGGGCGGGCAUCAGUAUCAGGUUUAAGGGUGUUAUAAUGUAUCGCCCGUGGCAGAGGGCUGGGUGUCGGCAUAAACAGCUGGCCCAGGAGAUGCAGACCAUAAAGCAAGCCAUGAACAAAGCACUGAAACUCCCAUCGGCCUCGCCGAGCAAUCGUACAGGCAAACCUCGUAUUUGAGGAACAGAGUCGAGGGCCUCUUGGUGUCCCGCCUGUGUACAAUGAACCAAAAAGCUGGAUGAGCAUGGUUAUCGGCCGGGGAGGAAACUGCUGUAUGUUCCAGUGUGUACCUUACAGCUGCCUCCAGCCAAACACUGUGUUUGCAGAAACGCGGCCUCGGCUGGUUUCUGUUUGACUGCCCUCCUUUGUUAGCUCUGUCUGGGCAGUGACGUGUUAAAAAAUACCGUGGAGAGGACACGUGGUUACAUAAGAGACGAAAGUCCGUGUUGGAGAGUUAAGCACAUGACGCUGCACAGCGUUGCCUGUUCCAUGCCUUGGGGUUGUGUGACUCCUGUGAAGUGAAUCGGUGAGAACGGCAUCCAGCCCCGCGCUGCCAUGGUUACGCCAAAGAUUCCCAGGCCGGCGGCUGUCGCAUUUCUUGUUUUGUCUCCAGAUGUCCGGGUGGCACCUGAGAGCAGUGUCGGGACCCUCUGGCCAGGUGCUCAGUGUCUCACUGAUGGUCACACUGCAGUGGCUCUGAAGGGAAGAGCACGGCUCGGGGCUGACAGGGCCGUGGCCACUGCCUCCACGGGCACCGAGUGCGUCGCCCGCGCGGGGAGGAGGCGGGCGGGGAGAGAGGCGCCGACUGGCAUGUCUCUGCGGCUGAGAAGACGGUACUAAGGUGCUGGGUGCUGGGGGAAUGAAGAGGGAGGGGAGGAGGUGGACUUGGGCUUCUUCGGGGGCCUUCUCCUGGAGUGUGACAGUGCCCAUGUCCCAUCCGUUCACACAGCACCUGACCAUGAACACCUUAUCUCCUUCAGCAACUACCGAUUGUCAAUCACUUAAGCCAACAACACAGUGUAGCAGUUUUAAGUUCAAUGAUGUUAAGUAUUGUAUAGAAAUAUAUUGGAGGCAAAGUUCAGUUGAUGACAAUUGUGUAUAUGUUAUUGAUGCUGUAAAUUAUUUUUAAUAAAGAAAAUUGUAUUAUCA